CCGGGGACUCGCGGCCAUGACGGUGCCGGCCCGCUGCUUCUCGCUGCUCCGCGGCCACCUGGCCCGAGUCCCAGCGCUGGGCCGAAGCGCGGUACCGCCCUUGGGAGUGCUGAGAACUCCCGGACAUGCGUUCCGGGGCUUCCGCAGCAGCGGCGUGAGACAUGAUGCCAUUAUUAUCUCAGGAACUGAAAUGGCCAGACAAAUCCAGAAAGAAAUACAGCGAGGUGUGGAAUCAUGGAUUUCCCUUGGGAACAGAAGACCUCACCUCAGUAUCAUUUUAGUGGGCGAUAAUCCAGCAAGUCAUACAUAUGUCAGGAAGAAAAUUCAAGCUGCCUCUGCUGUAGGUAUCUGUAGCGAGAUCAUUCUAAAACCUAAGGAUGUUUCUCAGGAAGAACUCUUGUAUAUAACCGAUCAAUUGAACAUGGACCCAAGAGUCACUGGCAUAUUGGUUCAGCUGCCACUGCCAGGCCAUGUAGAUGAGCGAACAGUAUGCAAUGGAAUUUCCCCUGAAAAAGAUGUAGAUGGAUUUCAUAUUAUCAAUAUUGGAAGAUUGUGCCUUGAUCAGCAUUCUCUCAUACCUGCCACUGCCAGUGCUGUUUGGGAAAUAAUCAAAAGAACAGGAAUCAAAACAUUUGGAAAGAAUGUGGUUGUAGCUGGAAGAUCGAAGAAUGUAGGAAUGCCCAUAGCCAUGCUCUUACACACUGAUGGAGAACAUGAACGGCCAGGAGGUGAUGCAACUGUGACAAUAGCUCACAGGUAUACUCCCAGAGAACAACUGAAGAUCCAUACUCAGCUGGCUGAUAUUAUCAUAGUAGCUGCAGGUAUUCCAAAAUUGAUUACAUCUGAUAUGGUUAAGGAAGGUGCUGCCGUAAUUGAUGUAGGUAUCAACUACGUCCAUGACCCAGUGACAGGAAAGACAAAGUUAGUUGGAGAUGUGGACUUUGAAGCUGUUAGGAAGGCGGCCAGCUUUAUCACCCCAGUUCCAGGCAGUGUGGGGCCCGUGACUGUGGCGAUGCUUCUGAAGAACACCCUUCUGGCGGCCAGGAAAGUCAUUGACUAGGUCACGUGGAAGAAGAAGGCGAACUGAGGGCAUGCUACCUAUUUAUUUGACAAAGGGCAAAAACCUUUAUAUUUUACUACAAAGCUAUUUAUUUCUACAUUGUAUUUAUUUUUUCAUGGAUGGAAUCAUUGUGGAUCAGACGAUUCACACCACAUGCAUUUCCUGCUAACAGAUUUUGAGUUUUAGAAAAACAAAACAAUUCCAACAAAAACUUUGGUAACAAUUGUUUAUUUUGUGAAAAAUAUUUGUUCAUAAUGUUAAAACAGUCUUGAAGGGCUCAUAAUAAAUGAAUAUAUUUUUGACACAAGUAUCAUACACAGUGUGUUUUUGACAAAUGUUUUGUUAGCUAGAUGGGCAUCCUUGUAAAAUGUAAUUUAGGUUUUUCCAUAAGCAUGCUCAAUUUUUAUGUAUCUUCUGUUCUACGCUAUAUACUGAAAAACAGCUUGCUUGCUAAAAGAAAGAUAAAAUAUUAAAAGUAAAAUAUCCAUCUCAUGUAUCUCCCAAAAGCAUCCUAUGAGGUAUCCUAAUGAAUAAUGAUACUCUAUCAAGUAAAGAAAAAUAUACAAAGAAGGCAAAAAUGCUACUGAUGAUUUCAAGCCAGUGAUUAUUUCAAAUUAUGGAUGACUACUUGCCACAGUAAAAAGUGUAAUAAUAUGUUGGGUUUACAUGUAAUUUCUUUGUUCUUAUAGGAAAAUAUUUGGACAGUAGCUUCUUUGAGGAAUAAUGGAAAAUCCAAAAACAAAUGAAUAUACAAAAUAAAACUAAAGCUGUAUUUUCCCAUAGAUAUCAGAAAAAUAUGACAUAGUAUGAGUGAAGACUUCAUUAAAGAACAAAUGUUUGUUCAGAAAUUUAAUAGAAAAACAUUUUUUAUUAACCCAAAAUUAACCUUAGGAUAUGACUAAAAAUCUACUGCCUUGUUGAUCACAGUUCUUCCCUCUUCUGUUAUGGCAUUUGUUUCUCAAAAUAGAUGCCAUAUUUGUAAUGGAAUUUGUUAAGAAAUACACAUGAGUGUCAGUUGAAGGCUAUUUGACACUACCCUAGGCACACAAUUGUGUUGUUUUCAUGCCCAAAUCCCAGUACAUUUAUGUACCAAUAACAACUCUUACCUAGUUAUUAGUGUGUACUAUUGAUCAUUGGUGUGAAAAUAGACUAGAUGCUUAUAAUUAAUACUUCAACUGUAUAAUAAAAGCAAUUU